CAUAUUGCCAAUUGACCAACAUGGGAAUAUAAAAUCUCCAUCGAUAAAGAUUAAGAUUUUGGUUUGUGUCUAACUGUUCAUGGGCUUUGAGGUUAUCUCUAAAAUAUCAGGGGCUUCCAGGUGAUUUAGCUUUCCUCCAAAUGAGAAGAGACGGUUCACUGGUUCCGAAGCUGAAACCGUCCGAGUUCUUUCAAUAUACAGUACAGGAAAAUCCUCUGCCUUCCCGAUCUCGUUUUAGUUUUACACAGAAACUUUCGUUGAGGAUCGGCUUAAAGUUCAUCCUCAGGCAAAAUCUUUUUCAGAGAGUUGCUAUUGGGUUGAAGUCAAUUAGAAGUUCACCAUGAGCAUUCAAAGAGUCUCUUCUUAUGGAUCUUCUUCCUCCUCUGAUUGGAAAUAUGACGUCUUCAUAAGUUUCAGAGGUGAAGACACUCGAAAGAAUUUCACAGGUCAUCUCUAUACCGCUUUAACUCGAGAAGGAAUUAACGUAUUUCUGGAUGACAAAGAACUUGAGAUAGGAAAACCCAUUUCAUCAGAACUCCUUGAUGCUAUCAAAAAAUCAAGAAUUUCAAUAGUUGUUUUGUCAAGAAAUUAUGCUUCGUCUUCUUGGUGCUUGGGAGAACUUGUUAAGAUUGUUGAAUGUAAAAAUUCAUUGGGACAAAUGGUGAUUCCAAUAAUCUACGAUGUGGAUCUAUCGAUGGAACGAGAACAGAAAGGAAAUUUUGAGGAAGCACUUACAAAGCAUGAAGAAACUUUUAGGGAGGACAUAGAAAAGGUGGAAACAUGGAGGAACGCUCUAAUUGAGGUGAUUAAUCACCCCGGAUGGGAAUUGAAAAAUAGGUAUGAGGCAGAUUUGAUUAAAGACGUUGUUAAACAAGUAAAAAGAAAGUUAAGUGUUUCUGCUUCAAGAUUGACGAAUCUGAGGAAAGUAAUGGUUGGAGUGAGUUCAUGUUUAGAGCAGCUACGAAUACAGGCAGCAGAGAUGAUACCAGCACCAAGGUUUCAACGGGGGCAAACUCUGAUAGCCCCUUUGGUUUUUUUUUUUUCCUUAGGAGGCUGGUAUUUAUAGACAAAAAUUGGCGUUCUUACUGCUGAAGAUAAUUUCGUUGACCACUGUUUCAGCUUUGAUUCAUUGGCUGCCGUCACAAUUGAUGAGGUUUCCUGGAAUUUGAGUUUCAACCUUCUCAUCACUAUUAAAAUUUUCUCUUCAUUUUAAGUAUUACGUGCAAAUAUCAUUUUACUUGGUUUUGUAUGAUUGAAUUUUUAUUUUUAAUUUAAUAUUACAUAAUUAUAUGGUGAACAUUCAUUCCAUAUAAAAAAAUGUUAUAAAACACCCAUUCUAUGUAUGUAUUGGAUAGAUGUUUCAUACUA